AUGACACUCAAUGCAUGUUAUCAACUCUUCAUCAACCUGAUUGUUUUCUCUACUGAAGUACUGCCUAAUGUUACGAAAAAUGAUAGCGAAAAGAAGAAUGAAAGGAAGGCGCUAAAGGGUUUGAAAGGGAAAAAGUUAAAGUAUCAUCGAGAAUUUCGUAUGAAUAGAAAGCACAACAUGAUGUUUGAAAGUUUCACGACACUUUAUCUUGUGAGUGAAGUUGUUUGGUUGCACAAAGCAAGGCACAUGGGACUGAUUUCAUUUGAAAGCUUGUUCAUUUUCUUCUCACUGCUCAGAUAA